UCUUAAGCCUUACUCCAUCAAUUUAAAAAAAGAAAAUUAAAAUUCAUACACGUGGUUAAAGUUGACGUUCAAAAUUCAAAUUCUCGCUCCGAACCGUCGGUUUAUCUUUCUUUAAAAAAGCAGAGGAGCGGGAGAUUACUGUUCAAUAUUUCUACUCUGUUCAAAAUUUUUCAAAAACUUCUUCAAUUCAAACUUCAUUCAAAAAAGUUCAAAGUAAUUUUUCUUUGUAAUCGCAAAAAUCUUUUACUCUAACUUAUGAAUUUCUCUUUUUUUUCUUCUCAUAAAUGAUAACAUUUUAAGUUCUUUCGUUUCCAUUUGAUUUUGUUUUUGUGUGGUUUCUUCAUCACAAGAAAUGGAUUUUCAUGCGUUACCGAGGAAAGAACUUCAAUGUUUAUGCAAAAAACAUGGAAUUCCUGCCAAUUUAAAGAAUGUUGAAAUGGCGGACCGUCUUUCUUCCCUUCUCCAGGAAGAAAAACCCUUGAAAAGAGGAAGAUCUUGUUUGAAGAAAUCGAAUAAUGUUGUUGAGGUUGUUGGUAAUGAAGAAGUGUGUGAGAUUAGAGAACCAAAGAAGGUAAAAUUUAGCCCUCAAAAUGAUACCUUUAUUUUUGAGAAAACUGAUCCUCGAGAAAGGAGGUUACUGGCUAGAAAGACAAGGGGUUUUGGGAAAUCUAGUUCGAAAGAAAACACAGUUUUAGUUACUGAGAAUUUGAGUGAUGGUGUAGAUAAAAAUUUUGAUAAACCAGUUGAAGGAAUUUUGACGAGAAAGUCCGUUGUGGUAAAAUCUGAUCUAAUUGUAGAAUCUAAAAUUGUUGAUAAACCUGUUGAAAGAAUUUCUAGGCGAAAAUCUGUUGUGGUCAAGCCAAAUGUAGUUGAUGAGACUCAAAUUGUUGAUGAUGUUGUUAAACCUGUUGGACGAAUUUCUAGGAGAAAAUCUGUUGUGUUAAAGCCAAAUACAGUUGAGAGGACUGAAAUUAUUGAUGACAUUGAUAAACCUGUUGAAAAAAUUUCGAGGAGAAAGUCUGUUGUGGUAAAACCGGAUUCAAUUUUAGAUUCUAAGGUUAUUAAUGAUGUGGAGAAGCCUGUUGGAAGGAGGAGAAAAUCUGUUAUGGUUAAAUCAGAUACAGUUUUAGAUGGUAACAUUGUUGAUAAUGUGGAGAAAGCUUGUACUGAAGGAGGGAAUCUACAGCGGAAUAUGAGGCCUCGAAGGAAGAUGAAAAGCGUCGAUGACUUGCUGCUUUCGCCUUGUGUUGUGAAGAAGGUGAAAGGAAAUCGAAAGAGGCGAGGAUUUGUUGAAGAAGUUGAUAUACCUCUUGAGGAGUUGGUUGUGACAAGUAAAGAAAUCGUUGAGACUUCAGGAAAAGAUGAUGAUGAUGGUGUUGGGAAUAUGGGUGCUAAUAAUUUGGCUGACCGAGAUCAGGCUAGGAGACCGGUGAAGCAAGUGAAGGAGGUCAAGGCUGGAGGUAAGGCAAUGGUCUCAAAGGGGAAGAGGAAUGAUGAUAUAUUGGAUCAAACCGAUGGAGGGAAUCCACAGAAGAAUUUGAGGCCUCGAUCGAAGAAGAUGAGUGUUGAUGACUUGCUGCUUUCGCCUUGUGUUGAGAAGAAGGUGAAACGAAAUAGAAAGGGGCGAGGAUUUGUUGAAGUUAAUGGGCCUCUUGAAGAGUUGGUUGUGACAAGUACAGAAAUUGUUACCGAGACUUUAGAAAAAGAUGAUUAUGGUGGUGUUGGGAAUAUGGGAUCUAGUAAUUUGGCUGAGCAAAAUCGGGCGAAUAGGCCAGUGAGACAAGGGAAGAAAGCGAAGACAGGAGGUUAUGCUACAGUCUUAAAGGUGAAGAAGAAUGAUGAAGUAUUGGAUUACACCAUUGAGAAGAAUGAUCAAAAAAGGUUUCCUGAUGUGGUGGUACACUUCAAGAAAGGAAAUAAGGGAAGGAAGAAACCUUCCAUUAUAAAGAAACAAGAUGCCAAGGAGGUCAAGGGCGUAGUAGUUGAAGAUCUAGGGGAAGGACAUGGUGGGGCUAAUCAUGUUCCGAAACGUGAAGGUGUGAAGAGUAUAGGUUCAAUAAAAACGAACAAUCAUGUCAAUGAAGAUGUUGAAUUUAAAGCAAUGAAAGUAAUGAGAGGGUCACGUAGGCAAGCAGGAAUCUGUAGAGAUAAUACUUCAGCUAGUGAUCAAGUUAUAGAGGAGGACAAAAUGCAUCAAAGUAUUAGUCAUUUGGCCGUGGAUGAUCAUGAAAUAUCAGACCAAUGCAUAAAUGGGUCAGAAGCCAUUGACUGUAACACAGUGAAGCCUACUUCUGUUGAGACAGAUCAUAUCCUAAACAAGGAGACUAUACUGGGUGGUUCUACUUCAGCAACAAGCAUUUCAAAAACCAGGCAGACUAAAAUGGAUGAGAAACCACACUUAAUGGAUAGCACAGCGCAGUCAGAGGGCUUCUUGGAAAAAAUGGAUAUCACUGAUCAGAUUCAGGCCUUUGAAAAUGCAGUAACUUCUGAACAGACUCCUGCCAACAAUGAACAUAUAUUGUUGCAAUACAUUAGUGACGAUGAAGCUGAAAACUCUGUGCAAGCUACCAAAGUUGAGAAUGCUUCAAAUAUGAAAUAUGCAGCUGACAAUGAUUCUUAUGAAGAAACUGUAUCUGUACUUCCUGUCACUUCUAAUCGACUGUUGAGUGGUACAUUGUGUGGCUCCAUGACAGCAGUAACCAGUGUGGAUGAAUCUAUCUAUAUCGCUUCCAGGAGUAGUAAUAUCAGUUGUCCUGGUGUUGAGCAGAUGUCCUCUUCAUCGGGUAAAUCAAGGGGUGAAAUGACGGAUAUUGGGCCGUCUAAGCUUAGUGAAGGACUUGAAUGCUGCAACACGAUACAGGAUGAAGAAUGUGUUGGACUUGAUAAUGUUUAUGUAGAGUCCCAUUGUCUAACUAAUUCCUUUAAGAAUGAAACUGUACCUGAAGAGAAAAUAACUGAUGGUGUGGCUGUGAUAGUUGAAAAAUCAGAUGUACAGCCCACUAUGCAAGUGGAAACUGCUGGAUCAAUGGGAUCUAGUAUUAUUUUAGAAGAUGUGUUGGCUCCAGUAGACGAAGGGAAUGUCCAGCAGCAACCCUUUGAUGUGGAAGAGGACAAAGAUAUCGAAACAGCCACACCAUUUUGGAAUCUGAGGAUGGAUUCCAGUAGCAGUGAUAACAAAGAUUCUCAACUGGUUCAGUCACAAAACAAAGAUGAUUCCGGGGCUAGGACAGAACCCACUUCAAUUAACACCUUUCUAUUACAUCUGGAAUCACAAGUCGAUGGUGCUUUAAGAGCGCUUUCUGGUUCAACGAGUGAGGAAAAAGAAAGCUGCAACGUGGCGUCAGAAAGCGAUAUUGCUUGUUUAGCUGAUUGUGUCAAGACCAGCAAUUUAACCGAAGAAGAGAUACUAUUAAAUUUUGAACAAGAUGAGGAGAAUGUUAAGUUAGAAGCUACUAGGGAUGACAUGAUCAGUUUUUGUGAAAGAACAAAGCUAAAGCAAGAGAAAUCUGCUGGGGGUACAAGGCAGGAUGCUUUUGCAUCUUUCAAUGGGGAAGAAACCCAUGUAUUGUUUCAGGAAAGGACUAGGGAUCAGGUACUAAAUGAAGAAAACAUAUGCUUGGACGUUUUUGGCAGUGUCACGAGUAAAAGAUCUGAUUGCUUUUCAGUAUAUGAAAAAACAAAGAAUCUAAAACAAGGUUCUGAAGAGGCUGCUGAAGACACGGAAUCUCUUUUCAAGAAUGAAUGUGCUGAUCCUGUGAAUGUAGAGGAUAGAAAACUGUCAGAGGCCUUGGAUUCUGAAGAUGUAAUGGCAUGCUUUUGUGGUGAAAGUAUAUGUGUUGAUGUUUCUGAGAGCAUUUCAGAAGUAAAAACUAUUGUUACCGAAGACAAGGUAGAAUUUCAGAUGAAAGAUGGUAAUCAUGAUUUGAAAAUCACCCCACAGCAAAAAAGUCAUUGCCAAUUUGAAAAUCUGCACGAAACAUUUAUUGCUCUAUCAGACAAUUCUCCAGGCCUUUCAGGUUCAUUUCCAGAAGAAUGUCACAAUACUCACAAAGAUACUCCAAGCAGCGGUUUUACAUGCUUUUCAAAUGCUUCCAAUGUUGACUAUGUUGCUGAACUGCCAGAAGAGGCCAACUGCAUACCGGACUUUUGUUUUGAGAGCAACAAUAUCAGGCUAGCUAAAAGCAAUGACUUGGAGUCUGAUAGGGCUGCUUUGACAACGGAACAAAAUAUGCUUGGUUUGGGAAAGGAAGUAGAAGAUCUUAUCUCCUCUGCUGAUUUGGCACUUGAAGGAGUGAAAAUACCUUGUAAUGUAUCUGAACAAAUGAAGGAUUUGGAGCCUACUGUUGUCAAGGAUAAUGAAAAUUCAGUUGAUGACGGGGUGAACAAUGUGAUUACUUUGCAAGUUCAGGAUGGUGAACAAGCUGAAAGAUCACAUUCAGAAAGUAUUGCAAUGCCAAAUGGUGAAUUGAGAAGCAUAAACAAUGAAUUUUCUGAGAGUUUUAUGAGUUUUGAGACCACUGCAUCGGUGAGAGCAAUGGAUUCCCACCUCAGUGAUGAUAUGAUUAUGGAGCAAAUGGAAAACCGAAUGAAUUCAGUUCUCUCUGCUCGAGAUUCCACUCCAUUAACUGCACAAAAGAAAACAAAUUUUAGAUUUCACAUGGACAGUGUUGCUGCUCAAGAAUCUGAUUCUGUAAAUGCAACUGAGAAGGAAGUGGGAACUUUGGCUCAUGUAACAGUACAAGUAAAGGAAGAUGAAAGCUUGAGUGCUUGUGGAAAGGAGAACCCAGAAACUACAACUCCUAACAAGCUUGAUGAAGUUGGAAAAGCAUUUAAUUUUCAAUCCAAGUAUGUGGGUUCAAUCAUGAUGGGAUUUGAAAAUAUUCAUCAACAAGAAGGAUCUAUGGAGGAAGCAGCAGAAGGUGUAAACAUUAGUGAAAAGGAGCUUUGUAAUGUUGAUAGUGAAGUUGAAUUUGGCACUGUCGAUAGAGGACUUGCUAUGCAACACAGUGUGUCGGUAGAUAUACCAAAGGAAGGCAAACAUGGCGGUGUAGAUGAAAUCAUAGAAGUGUGCUUAACGGAGGUUGGCAGGUCAGAACAUAUGGUUGGAGAUUGGAAGAAUUCUAUUAGCUUUGAUGGCAGACAUCUUGAAAUGUGUGAGAAAAGUGGUAGCUUAAUUUCUGGAAAAAGCACCUGUAAUAUGAAUGUUGAUGCAGAAACAUGUGCAAUUGAAUCAGAUUCUUUGCAAACUACAGAAGAAAACAGAUGUUAUGAAGCUCACCGAAAUAUUUUCAUUGAUAAGAAUGAAGGAUUGCAUGAAGAUGAAUUCAUGCUUUUUAAGGAUGAUCCUAUUAUUGAAGGUGACAAUCUGGAGGUUGAGGUAGAGGGAACAACAUCAAAAGAUUUGGUUAAUGAGAUGCAUGAUACAACUGAUAGUGUUGAUAAGCAAAAUCUGGUUGAGUAUACCAGUUCAAAGGACACAGAGCCAAGCAACUACAUCCAUUCAGCGGUUCUGGUGGAAUCCCAUCCUUUGAGUGAAAUUGAAAAUGGUGCAAGAGUAUUUGAAGGGUCUCUAGAAUAUGCCUCACAAGAGCAAAUUGACAUUGAAAUGGAUUCUGGAAAUAGUACAGGACUGGAAAAUAGUGCUGGUGAGCAGAAAAUGGAUGCAGUCACAGACGACGAAUCAGGUGACCUGCCUUGUGAUAUUGCUGAUGUUUCUCAUGUUGACACCCAUAGUAUCCAUGCCAAUGAUGAGAAUUGCUUUUUAAGACAACAAAUUAUGAACGAAGAGGUUACAAAUAGUACAAUGGCAGAACAUGGUGAUGUUUCUGGUGAAUCUUUCUUACUUUCUGAAAAGGGAAUUAAGAAGGAUGGUGAUGAUUGUGAUGCUGGUGACAAUAUAGCAGAUUCCUCAUCAAACUUGUUUAUGGUGAAUUGUACCCCUUUGGUGCCUUCAUAUCAGCUAAUGGAGCCCACUGAACCAGCAUGUCAACAAGGCAUGAUCAACACUAAUCUAGAUGAAAAUGAAGACAUGAAAGCCGACACGGAUUCUGAUCUAUUUACAGAUUCUGAGAUGAACAUGUUCUGGGAGCAGAUGGAUAAGAGCGAGGUCAAAGAGCUCCAAACAGAAGCUACUGAUGCUACUACAUUCUCCGUGAAUGAGUAUGAGAUCGAAAAUGUGGAAAUCGACAGAUUCAGCACUCAACAUGGUGUUGAGCACUAUGAGGAGAGUAUGGAGCUUGAGAAUUGUGUAAACGCAGAGGAGAUUCACCAACCAGUAGUUGACAGUGAAAAAGAUAAUCAUGCGGACCAAGUUACUCUAACAAGUGCAGAUUUUCAUAAGCAACUCGAAGAUGGUGGGAAUUUGGGUGAACAUAAACUUGAAGAUGUCGAUCAGAAUGAAGAAAAUUGCAGCAGUAUUGACACGGUCGCUGAUGCGCAGGCCUGUGUAAAUGAUCAGGAAAAGGAGACUAGCAAUCCCUCGUCUGGGGGAAGAAUAGCUGAGAAUAGUGCAGAUGUUCAUCAGAAGUUCAGAAAUGAUGGUGAUUUAGGAAAGCACAAACUUGAGGACAUCAAUCAGAAUGAAGAUACACGUGACAGCAUAGAAACCAUCACUGAUAUGCAGGAGUGUGUAAAUAACAAGGGAAAUGAGACCUGUAAAAAUCCUUUCUCUGGGGGCAGAAUAGCUGAAAAUAGCAUAAAUACCGACAACUUGAGAAGUGUAUUGGUUCAUGGAACUCCGAAAAGGCGCCAACUUUUCAUGCACGAUAUGAAGGAGAAUACACCAGCCCCAAAAAAGCUUCAAAGGGUUAAUGCAACAGCUGCAAAACCGAGUUUCAGAAGGAAGGCUUUGGAAGAUAUUCAUUCGGAGUUUUAGAUGUUAGAAAUUGACGUCUUUUUGCUCUUAAUUUGCAUAUCUCGUGCAUGUGUAACUAUAAGCUGUAUUUAAGACAUUCAUAUGAGGAAUCAUCUGACUGUUGAUUGACUUGUGGUCUGUAAUAUCUGUUGUUUGUUCAAGUUAGUUGUGUGAAAUUUGUUUAUGUUAAUACAGAUUGUUGAAUAGUACUCCUAUUUAACCUUUGUGCUGUUCUUUAUUCACUUUCAGUUUAUAGGACUUGUGAUUAUGCAGAUGA